AUGCUAAAAGCGCCCCAUUCAAGAGCUGACAGCAUUUCCUUUGCCUUCAUCCCCUCAAUCCAGCGCCGCAUAUGCUCAGCCCCGGAGGAUGUGCGGGGUACCCGAUGGGUAAGCCCCACACAGGAAGGUGCCCAGGCGCCAACCGUUGUUUCCGGUCUGGUUGCUUUGGAAGGGUUUGCGUUUGAGGCGUUAGCUGCGUGA